UUUAGUAUGGAGCCACAACGGAAAUCAGUUGCCGGCCCAAUGGCUUUUUCUAGUGUGAAAUCUGCACGUAAAAGCUUUGCUGUUACGAGUACUUACGUCAAAAGUAACGCCACUCAAAAAGAAAUAGUAACUGUACAUACUAAUGCACCUGCAAUGGAAUAUAAAUCUUUCCAUAAUGAAAAAAAUCAAGUAUAUCAAGGAGAAGUAAAUUUACUUUCGGUCAUAGAUACAACCAAAGAUAUUAUGUGCUGUAAAUAUACGGAGGACGUUAAUGACCUCGCAGCAGGAUUUACAGACGGCACCAUCAGACUUUUUGAUUGUAAUACGGGCAAUUGUACUCAUACACUAGUGGAUGAUGAGUGUCGUGCAUAUCCUGGUCCAGUAACGACAAUCAGACAUCGUCCUAUCAGCAAAGCUCACCCAAUCACAAACAUGCUUUUAGCAUCAUAUGUUAACGGAUGUAUUAAAUGUUGGAAAUAUAAAUACGAUCAAUGUUUAUACACAAUUAGGGAAAAACGGCAGACUUUAGGACUGUGCUAUCAUCCACGGUAUACAAAAUUUGUUACUUAUGGCGAUGACGCCAAACUAAACAUGUACGACGAGGAAGUACAAACCCAAGAAAGAGCGUUCUAUUCGAGUGAAAGAAAAAAUAUAACGGAUGGUCACACAUCAAGAAUAUUUGCUUGUGCGUUCAAUCCCAAGUCUCAUCACGAAUUGAUAUCUGGCGGAUGGGAUAACGCUGUUAUGUGUUGGGAUGAUAGACAACCAUACGCAACCCGAUAUUUCUUCGGUGUACAUAUAUGUGGUGAAGGCUUAGAUUUCGACAAACCGGGAAAGCAAAUAUUGACAUGUUCUUGGCAAGAAAAAGAGAAUAUACAAAUAUGGGAUUAUGGUUCAUGCAAAUUAAUACAAAAUAUAACGCCUGACAAUCAGCACUCAAAACUUCAUUGCGGCAAAUUUGUACCACAGACGAGUCUAAUUGUCUGCGGUGGAUCCGAUUCUAAUUUACUGAGGCUGGUAGACGUAAAUACGAAAAUUACUGAAUGUUCUAUUAGAAACAAUCCAGGAGGCAUAUACGCGUUUGAUUUUGGAACAAUCAGACGAAAGCCAAAAAUAACAGAGACUUACAAAAAAAAUACGGAAAUUCAAAACACACCACGUGUCGCAUUUGUUACAGGAAAGAGAUUGCAAACUGUGGAUUUUGGAUGAACACAAAUAAAUAUAAUAAAUACCAAGUUUCUCAAUUGUCACAAAAAAAAUUAAAUAGUUGCACCUAAAACUACUAUAAAAACAACCAAAAUGACUUUCAUUUUUUUUCUAAAACUGCAUAGUAGUUUUCUGAUAAGUUUAACACUGAAAUGUGGCCGUUUGCGUCAUCAGUUAUUCA